AUGAAAAUGGCUGAAAGGGAAGAAGAGGUUGAAAUAAUCCAAAGCGACGAUGAAGUUGAGAUAAUUCAAAACGACCAAGUUGAGGUAAUCCAAAGUGACGAUGAAGUUGAAAUUGUUCAAAACAACAAAGAAGUUGGAAUAGUUCAAAGCAUCGAAGAAGUUGGAAUAGUUCAAAGCAUCGAAGAAGUUGGAAUUGUUCAAAACGACGAAAUUGGAAUAGUUCAAAACAACGAAGAAGUUGAAAUAGUUCAAAAUGACGACAUAGGAAUGAUCCAAAAUGAUGAUAUUGGAAUGAUCCAAAACGACAACGUUGGAAUAGCCCAAGGGGACAACGAACUUGAGAUAGUCCAAAGCGAUGACGAAGUUGAGGUAAUCUCAAACGAAGAUAACGAAGAAGGCGAAAUCGAUGAAAUGUAUAUACAAAAUGAAAUCGAUAAAUUGAAUAUAGAGGAAUUAAUACAGCCUAAAAAGAAUCAUAUGUUAAACAAAGUUAUACAAAAAGAUAGAACUAUUGUUCUGAGUAUAGAUGAUAAAAUAACUAAAUUACAAAAGUCAUGUGAAUUUGGAAAAAACGUAUCAAAAAUCAUAAAUGUUAAAGCAGAAAGUUUAAGUAAUAUUACUUUAAGGAUAAAACUAAGAUUAAUAAUAAAUACAUUUUUAGAUUUGUUUCCCGAUGAUAGUGUAACAAACACUGAAACUCAAGAUAAUGAUGAUAGUAAUUCUUUUACAGAUAAUCGAACUGUAAAACCAAAAUUGAGUUUUGUAAAAAUGUCAAAACAUUUUAGUAUACAAACAUUGCCAUAUUGUACAAUAAGUUAUGACACUAUCCCUUUGCAUCUUUUUAUGACUCCUGACAAUAAGUUUCAUCUUGAAAUACCUAAAAGAAAAACCUAUACCAGAGCUAAAAGAUCGAGCAAUACUUAUAAAAAAUUAAAAGAUUAUUCGCAUGAUAAUGAACCUGAGGUAAAAUUAGAAACUUAUGAACAGUCGAUGAAACUUAAAAGUAAAUUAAAUGAACUUGAAAAAACUCAAAAAAAUGUAAAAUUUUUUAAUUUUAUUGUUGAUUGUGAUCCAAUUAAUGGAUUUAAUGAAACAACAUUUCGUUUAUUUUUGGCUACUUUACUUAUAUCAAAAGGCCAUGUAGAAUUUUAUAAAAAUGAUGAUGGUAUUUUAUGCAUUAAAUCAUGUGAAAACAUGGACCCAAAUAAUGAAAAUGAUGAUAAGGGGCCAAAAAAUGAUGAGGAAAACACCCAAAAUUCUUCACACACAUUAGGAGAAUCGAAAAAAAGAAAAAAACACCAAGCCUUACUUACGUCGUGGUCUUAUAGUAAAUGGGAACAGUUAGUUGAACAAAUAAAUAAAGAAUCAUAA